AUGUCUGGCGUAAAUUUGGCAAAAUGCAUAUCAAUCCCUAACUCAAAUGACCCCGGUACCACAAAGAGCUUUGGUAACGCACGUUUGCCCAAUGGGCGGACACCGGACGAUUCUCGUUCCCUCCUGGAACAUGUCUGUAACUUCGAUAUCGAUCGUGAGCCCUCUUCAAUGCGUAACACUGGAAUCAUCUGCACUCUUGGACCGGCUUCACGUACUGUCGAGACCUUGCACAAAAUGAUGGCUGCCGGCAUGAACAUUGCUCGCCUUAACUUCUCUCAUGGUACCCAUGAGUAUCACUUGGAGACUGUCAAACUUGUUCGCGAGGCUGUAGAGACAUUCAAACCAUUUUAUCGUCCUGUCGCCAUUGCUCUGGAUACCAAGGGUCCGGAAAUUCGAACGGGCCUUAUCGACGGCAGCGGGACUGGUGAAGCCACUCUCGAGACUGGAGGCAAAAUCCGAAUAACACCGAAUCAGGAGUUCGCAGAGAAGUGCUCAAAGGAUGUCCUUUACGUUGACUACCAAAAUAUUGUUCAUGUCCUAAAUGUUGGCUCAAAAAUCUACAUCGACGAUGGUCUUAUUUGCUGCGUCGUACAGGAAAAAGGGAAGCUGGGAUCCAAGAAGGGCGUUAACUUGCCCGGGGCACCUGUCGAUCUCCCGUCUAUGUCUGCGAAGGAUAAGCAGGAUUUAACAUUUGCCGUCGAUAAUCAGUUGGAUAUUAUCUUCGCUUCCUUCAUCCGGUCAGGCAAGGGUGUGCAAGAAAUUCGUGAGCAUCUUGGCGAACGGGGUGCUUACAUUAAAAUAAUUGCUAAAAUUGAGAACCACCAAGGUGUUAAGCUAUAUGAUGAGAUCAUCCAAGCCGCCGAUGGUGUCAUGGUCGCUCGUGGUGACUUGGGUAUCGAGAUUCCCCCAGAAAAAGUCUUUCUUGCUCAGAAAAUGAUAAUUGCCAGAUGCAAUCUCCUUGGAAAACCUGGUAUUUGUGCCACUCAGAUGCUGGAGUCCAUGACAUACAAACCUCGAGCUACCAGAGCCGAGUCUGGCGAUGUGGCAAACGCUGUUUUGGACGGUGCCGACUGUGUCAUGUUGUCAGGUGAAACUGCCAAGGGCAGCUACCCUGUGGAAUGUGUUCAGACGAUGGCCGACGUAUGCCGCGAGGCAGAAUCGGCAGUCUUGCAUGGGCAAUUGUUUGAAGACUUGAAGAGCGUAUUGUCUCUGCCUACGGACGCUACGCUGACAACUGCCAUAGCAGCUGUUGAGGCUUCCCACCGGUGCUUAGCUCAGGCCAUCAUCGUCGUGACUACUAGUGGCCGAACUGCCCAGCUGGUGGCACGUCAUCGCCCACGCUGUCCUAUAAUCUGUGUCACUCGCACUGCCGUCGUUUCUCGUCAACUUCACCUUCACCGUGGUUGUCAUCCCAUAUUCUACGGCGAGCCACGAACUGAACUCUGGGCCGAAGACAUGGACCGCCGUAUCGCGUGUGCCAUUGACUACGGUCGUAAAAGGAAGUUCUUGAACGACGGCGACAAUAUUAUUGUGGUGACGGGCUUUAAAGCUGGCUCUGGUGCCACCAACUCCCUACGUGUUAUCGAACUGGGUACAGACGCAGAACAUCACGUCAUGGGCAUCCCGAACCUGAAGAACUUCAAGGACUAG